AUGGCUCCUAGGUUACUCCUAACUGAAAUUAGAAGACCAGAAAAGUUUAUCUUGUGCUCGAUCUGGACCGAAAAGGAGGUAUUAGUGGUAGAAUGGGAUAACUUAUCGAUAUAUAAAUCAAUUGAGUUGGACGUAAAGCGAAAGUACAUUACUCAUAAAGUUGGGAUCUCAAAUGCUUGGCCAUAUUUUGAGCCGGUUUUACAUGCUUAUUAUGUUUUGGUUUUAGGGUUGGAUGGAACUUUGGAGUUUUUAAAUGAGAAUUUGGAAGUUGUUGACGUCUUCGAGAUUGAUGACACUAUAUUUAACCCCAUUUGUCAAUUUGAUGAACUAAGGAAUCGUUUCUUUAUUGUAUGGGACUUGUUUACUAUCUUUAAAUUUGAAAUUGAUCCGAGUUCGAAGAAGUUCUUUAAAAACAUGAAGAGAAUCUAUAGUACAUCUGACGAAAUUGUUCAAGUUGGAGGAUGUUGGGAUGAAGAAACUGAUGGUGAGGUUUUCAGACUAGAUUUGCUACUCCGCACCAAGUAUUGCAGCACGUUUUAUUUUGAUUCAAUACGAGAAAACAAAAGUGAGGAAUUGCAUGUAGAGUGGUUCCCUACAUCAAAAAUACAGGAAGUUGGUUCAUUUAGUCAACCUCCAAAAAUGGCUGUAGUUAAGGAUUUUGGAACUAUUUUUGUUACACCAAAAGACUCCUUCAUAUUUUCGAGCCAGUCAUUGUCUAUGCAUAAUGUAAAUGGGAAAUUUAUGAAAUCAUCUGUUGAAGUAGGGCCGUUCCCGACAAAUAACUCCCCUAGCCUAAAGGUUGUAGGCAUAAAAUCUGCUACAGACGGGCAACUACUAAAAAUAACCGGAAUGACCAAUUGUGGCGAUUAUUUUGAACUUAAAUGCGAGUAUGAAUAUAAUGCAGAAAAGUCAACGGUAUCAAGAACGGUUUUAAAUUGUGGUACUACAUUAUUGAAUGUAGGCGAUCAAAUAGAUUUUUUCCAGCUCUUUGACAGUAACUGGUAUGCUGUUCAUUCAAAAUCUGCAGGGCUAUACUUUCGUUCCGCUUCAACAGCUAAACAAGAUGUCGUUCCAGGCAUACUAAAACAUAACUCUUUACUUCACUCUAAUAUUUCGGGCGGAUUAGUCUCUGAUCUUAAAAGUUUAGUGUUUUGUGGUGGUAACUCCAAGAAUAGUGGCUUUGUUGAAAUCCAUCGAUUAGGGUUUAUGGAGGACUCAAGAAUCAAAAUCCAGCAGUUGUCAUUUGGUUCAAACGUAAAAAAAAUAUGGCCGACUGCGGAUGGCAUAUACUGGAUAGAUCGAACGAAUAGGUUAUUCUUGAAUGAAAAAAUCCUUGAAGAGAAUAUAGAUGUAUUGAUUGUAACUAGCGGUGGUGAUAUUGUUCGUGAAAACUCUCAGCUUUUAUCUUCAUGUGCCGUGGGUGAACAUCAUUACGUCUCCGUUGAUCGAAUGUAUAACGUUAAGUGGAGUGAUACAGGAGCAGUUUUACAGCUACCGGCAGUUACAGACCCUACUAUAAAACCAUUCAUUACAUACGCUGAGGAUUUAACAAUUGUAGUCUCUCAACAAACAGUUCAGAUUAUUGAGAACCGUAAGAUUGUUAGAAGUUUUAAAUUGCGAGGGAUCAAUUCAAUAUUCAGUUAUGUUCUAAAAAAGUACUGCAGACAAACAUGUCAAAUUAUCUGCGAUGAUACGGGAUGUGUGCAUAUCUGCACUCUUAAUAAUAGGAUUAUUGCCAAACUACAAGCGCAUUCCAAAGGGCUUCAUAUAAUUAACGUCCCUGCGUCCGAUAAAGUUAUUUUAUAUCGUUUCAAUACCGUUCUCCUACUAUCGCUUGAUGAAUUGAGCAUUGGAAGUGUUAGAUUUCCAGUUGCUGCUGCUGCAAUUAACCCUGAUUCUAACGACGUCUUUUUAGUUACUAGUUCUGAGGGCAGUCUUUAUCGAAUUCAAUGUCCAACCGUUAGCGAAUGGCGGCUGGUUCCUAUUAAGGUCUCUACUUUACUACCGUCUUUACCAACUAAGUUCAUAACUUUGGAAAUAGAACCUACAUUCAUGGUUGGCACUCUAAUAACAGAAAAUUUUGAUAAAAUUAGAUUCAAGUCUGAAUAUCAUUCGAAAAUCGUUGUGGUUAAUAGCAUUUCUGGCAAAAUUGUUUCUUCUCACGACUUCUUAAAAGAACACCCUAACAUGAUUGUUACAGAUAUUAUCUCAACUAAUUAUGAGGCUGGACCUCAUACGAGUGCUGUCACGAACGAUGCAUUAUUCGCAAAAAGAAUACCCUAUGAAAAGUGCGUACUUGCCUCCGUAAGUUAUGAAACAGCCGAUGAAGAGUAUGAGAAUCUUUUCCUUUUCUCCAUAGACGAUUCUAAUGGUGUUAUUGAACUCCAAACAAAGUACAACGUUGACUUUUCCGUGUCAAUGUUAAUAAAUUAUUAUGAUAGCACCUUUUUUGCAAUUGGAGAAUACUUACAAGCCUUUAAACUUGAUUACCAUGUAAAGGAAAAUCGGUUUGAUAUUCAGGUACUGUCGGAAAGAAUCGAACUUUCUGCAGUUCCCAGGAAUGCAUUUCUAUUAGAAACUCCUACCCAAGGAGAACCAAUAACCAAAAAGCGGGGCCGACAUGUAAGCUCUGAUACGAUAGUAAUUGAAAGCUUAUUUAAAGGGUUUCAACAGUUUGAAAUAACUUAUAACGUUGCAAAGAGGCAAUGCAAUAACUCAUCUGUUUCGACCAUUGAUCAUUUUUCCUUUACACUACUGUGCAUAAACGAUAUGGAUCCGUUAUUUGGAAGUACUUCAGAAUUUAACGCCCUUAAGGCCAGUGCAUUGUCAUUAAAUACUACUGAUUCGACUCCACUUUUGGCCGUAUGUGAUACUGAUAACACAUUGACAAUUUUAAAUAGAAAUGAAGAAGAAGUCAUAGUCGCACAGAUUGAGAUACCUCACAGAGUGACAACGAUAAUAACAUUAAAAUGCGAUUAUUACAGCAAAAAACCCUGCAUUAAGACAUUGCUUGACAAAAAUGUCAAUCCGCUAUUUUUCAUUAAUACCAUUUACGGUGGUUGUUAUUUGGUAAGUCAGGCUUUAAAUAGUUUGGAUACCCUUGGUAAUAGCAUAAACGGCAUAACAAUUGAUGAAGACAGAGAUUUGAGUGUCCAGAUAGGACCUGAUAUUAUUUAUCCAACCGUUUUUUUUGACAGUAGUACAAAUAUAUCAUAA